AUGUCUCUUGGAGGACAUGAGAACCCAUUGGGCUUACCAGGAAGAUCUAAACGGUCGUCUGGUUUACCGGUAAGACAGAGGAUUCCCGGUGUUGGCAAGGUUCUGCUGGUGUCCUCUGGCAAAGGCGGUGUUGGGAAGUCAACGAUGAGUGUAAACCUGGCGUUGGCGAUGUCCCAGCUGGGCCAGAGAGUUGGGAUAUUGGAUGCAGACGUGUUCGGACCUUCUUUGCCAACGUUGGUGAAUCUGUCUGGCGAGCCACGUAUCAACUCCAAGGGCCAGUUGAUCCCGCUGGUGAACUAUGGUGUUCAGACCAUGUCAAUGGGCUAUCUGAUUAAGCAGGACAACCCCGUGGUUUGGCGAGGGCUGAUGGUGAUGAAGGCCAUGCAGCAGUUGCUAUUUGAGGUUGCCUGGGAUAACGUGGACGUUCUCGUGGUAGACAUGCCCCCAGGCACUGGUGACACACAGCUGAGUAUAGGCCAGCAGGUUAAGAUUGAUGGCUCCAUCAUCGUCUCCACGCCACAGGAUAUUGCACUCAUCGACGCGGUCAAGGGCGUGUCGAUGUUUGAGAAGAUGAGAAUACCCAUCCUGGGGCUGGUGCAGAACAUGGCGUACUACCACUGUCCCAACUGCCACCACGAAGACCACAUCUUCGGGCCUAUCGAUGGUGCUAUAAAGAUGGCUGAGAAGAAGGGACUACGCACGCUGGGCUCAAUCCCUCUAAACAGCGAGAUCUGUGCCCAAAGCGACAAGGGCAAGCCAAUUGUGCUGAACAAGGAGCACACACAGGUAUCAAAACCGUACUUUGACAUAUCCAAAGAGGUGUUACAAUUGCUCAAACUGUGA